UCCGUUACCGCCAUAGCUGUAGCACAAGUCUGAUCUCAAAUAAUUAUUCUAUGUACUUGGUAAAUUAGUUAAUAAAGAGUUUAAUAAAUUAAUAACAAUUACACGGUUCUCCUUCCAUCCCUCGUUCUUUGGAAUCCAUAUUCCAUAACGCCUGCGCAUUGUUUGCCCCUGGCGGUAAGAAAGUGAACUAGGGGUAAUUUAAAAAUUUUUAAAUAUUUGUUUAUCUCAAAAAAAUUAAAUUAACCGCAAAAUAUUAUUAAAUGAUCCUUAACGUUAUAAAAAAAUGUAUUUAUUUACAUAUCUAAAAUAUUCUAGUCUCAAUAAUAGAUCAUUCAUUGUCAUUUUUAUGCAAAUAAACAUGAAAGUGUUGAAUCAAGUAGGUAGAUUAGUCAUGAGAUCGAAAACACUGCAUUGAGCACCAAAAAAUAGUUGAUAAUUCCACACAUUGACACGUCAAACUGUUUGUUUAUAGAAAAUCACGAAUAUUAUUGACAAAUUAACACACAUUUUCUUAUCAAAUAUAAAAUAAAAUUACCAACUAAAUAAUGUUCUUAUUUAAUAAUUAUUCAACAACUGUUUCAAAAUUAUUAUGUGAAUGUCGAUAGCAAAUUUUUCACAAAGGUUAUGUUUAUAGUGUAUUUUAAUUCUUAAUGAAUAACUCAGUCACUGAAGUGUAUAUUUUUACUGAAAUUUAAUAUUAAUAAUUGCCUACACUAUUAAUAAUAAGUGUAUAUAAAUAUGCCACGAUUAAAAUUAUUACCAAGAACUUCGCGAAUAGUUGCACUCUGUUCAGCAGCUAACUUUAUAAAUGCUGCUGAUAGAGUUAUUAUGCCAUUAGCUAUUGUAGAUAUGACUAAUGAAUAUAAAUGGAAUCUUUAUUGGCAAGGAUGGAUUCUAUCAGCAUUUGCUUUUGGUUAUUUUACGAGCCAAAUAAUUGGCGCCAAUACUGCUAACAAAUUCGGAUGUAAGACAGUUUUGAUGUCAGCUGUGUUAUUAUGGUCAGUUAGCACAGUAAUAACUCCAUUAUUAGCACACUCUAUUCCCUUAUUGAUAACAUGUAGAGUGAUUCUGGGUCUAGGGGAAGGACUAGGUUUGCCAGUGAUUUUCCAUUUGUUUGCACAUAGUGUACCUCCAGAAGAGAGAUCAAGAGCUUUUGGAUACCUCGUAGCUGCUGGUUCUGUGGGCCAAGUUGUCGCUUCAGUUAUAUAUUCAAGAUUACCAUGGGAAGUUGAAUUUUAUCUUUUUGGUACGGUAGGCAUUGUGUGGGUAUUCUUAUGGAUUAUUUUGUAUCAAGAGUCUAAUACUCAAGAUGAAAUACCACUAUUUGUUCCAAAGGUAAAUCAAAGCAGAAGUUUUCCGUGGACAAAAUUAAUAUCUCAUUGGCCACUUUGGGCCUUAUAUAUCGCCCACUUUGCGAUGAACUGGAGUAAUUAUAUUAUAAUGCAAUGGUUACCCACAUAUUUAGCACGUAAUUUAUCAGCUAAUAGAGAAAGUAUCAGCUUAACUGCUAUUCCAUACAUAGUUAAUUCUCUUGUUGGUAUAGUUGCAGGUUAUAGCGCUGACAAUCUUAUCCAAAAACGCUGGUCAAUUCUGUCUGUCCGAAGGCUAAUGACAAAUAUAGGAUUAAUAGGUCCUGGUGCUUUUCUUCUUGCAUUUUGUGCUGUUGACGAUUUAUUAUUAGCUGUAAUUUUCGUGUCAACAUCAAUGGGUUUAUGCGCAUGUAAUUCAGCUGGGCAUUUGAGUAAUCACGCAGAAGUGGCUCCUAAUCAUGCUGGAAUGACCUUUGCCAUAUCAAAUACUAUAGCAACAAUUCCAGGAAUUCUUUGUGGUCCUUUGACUGCUGAAUUAGUGACAGCUUCAAGUGGUCGAUGGAUGCCGGUAUUUGUUUUAGCUGCUGCAAUUAAUUUCACUAGUGCUAUUAUUUAUCAAAGUCAUAGUUCUGCCCUUCCUGUGUUAUAAUUUUAAAUUUUAAUAUGUAUUUUUUUUUAUAAAUUUUUUAAAGAAACCAAAAUAUUGAAUCAUUUUUGCUUUCUGAAGACUUUGAAAAGUGAAAAAAGCGUGUGCAGAAGCUCAGGAAACAUAUCAAGUUAUUAUUGAAUUAUCAUUUUUGUCUAAAUGAUAUUUUUUGUAAAAAAUUAUUACUUGUUACCAGAUAAUUACAAUUUUUUUCCUAAUGUCUGUGUAGUAAUAAUUAUUUUCAAUUACUA